GUUGCGCUCCCGCUGCCGGAAGCGGUCCGGAGGCGGGCACUGAAGGGUCAGGGAUCAACUGAGUGACGGGCGCACCUUUGGGGUUGCGGCUCCGGCGCAAAGCCCACCAGGCACUGAGGAUGCAGCAGUGAACAAAACAGUGCUGGCCCUGGCAGAGCUGCCGUUCUGAUCUCCCGAUGACAGGGUGCAGCCCUGUGUUGGCCAUGCGGCACGUCGUGGGUGUGUCUCCCGUACUGGUGCGGAGAGGCCUCCUUGGAAGGGACCUCAUUACGACCAGGACUCUCUGCAGCCCAGGCCCCAGCCAGCCCAGCGAGAAAAGACCUGAGGAGGUGGCCCUUGGGCUGUACCACCGCCUCACAGCGCUGGGAGGAGCCCUGGGGCACAGCAUUCAGCAACGAGCGUCCUCCAUGGCCAAGACUUGGUGGGACAGAUAUGAAGAGUUUGUUGGACUCAGUGAGGUUCGAGAGGCCCAGGGAAACGUGACUGAGGCAGAGAAAGUGUUCAUGGUGGCUCGAGGGCUUGUCCGGGAGGCUCGGGAGGACUUGGAAGGUCAGCAGGCCAAGCUGAAGGAGGUGAGGGACCGCUUGGACCGCAUCUCCAGAGACGAUAACCAGUACCUGGAACUGGCUACUCUGGAGCACAGGAUGUUGCAGGAGGAGAAGAGGCUUCGUAUGACCUAUCUGCGUGCCGAAGACUCCGAGCGAGAGAAGUUCUCCCUCUUCUCUGCAGCUGUGCGGGAAAGUCAUGAGAAGGAGCGCACUCGGGCUGAGAGGACCAAGAACUGGUCCCUCAUUGGGUCAGUCCUGGGGGCCUUGAUUGGUGUGGCUGGCUCCACCUACGUGAACCGUGUGCGGCUACAGGAGCUGAAGGUCUUGCUUCUGGAGGCUCAGAAGGGGCCUGUGAGCCUCCAGGAAGCCAUCCGAGAACAGGCGUCCAGCUACUCCCUCCAGCAGAGGGACCUCCAUGACCUCAUGGCAGACCUGAGGGGCCUGGUGCAAGCUGGGCCUGGGCAGAGCUCUUUGUCCCAGGCAGGUACUUCCCCCACCCGAGACAGAGACACAGAUGUCCUUUCAGCUGCCUUGAAAGAGCAGCUCAGCCAUUCCAGGCAGGUCCAUUCAUGUCUAGAGGGUUUACGAGAGCAGCUUGAUGGCCUGGAAGAGACUUUGAGCCAAGUGGCUGGGGUGCUUCAGCUUGCAAAGGCUGCAGCGCACCCAGGCCUGGUGGAGCCGGCAGAUGAGGCCCUGUCUGGGUCCUUGCUGGAACAGGGGAGCAUGAUCUUGGGGCUGUCGGACAUGGAGCAGAGGCUAGAAGCCCAGGUCAACAGGAACACCAUCUAUGGCACACUGGUCACCUGCGUGACAUUUGUGGCCAUCCUGCCUGUGCUGUAUAUGCUGUUCAGGGCCAGCUAGCCCCUGGACCCACCUCCAGAGGGAGGAGGUAUGGAUGUAGAUUUAAUUAGAGAAUGAAGCAAUGAAGUGAGCCUUCAGGGGUGCACUCAACCUCAGCCUGAGUCUGUGUGGCUCACCAGCAGACAUACUUUGCUUUUUAGGCAACACUCAUUUACAUUAACUAUUGAAAAUUUGUGCUAAUGUCCAAUUAAAAUGUCUUUAAUUUUGUCCUAUUUAAA